AUGUCCCUCCUCAACACGGUCCACGCGCACAUGGACUCGCUAGGCCUCCCGCGCGUCACGCACAUGUUCGGCACGCCGCCCCCGUCGCCAGGCGAGCCGAAGACCGCGCCGCCCCCCCCCGCGGCUGCGUCGUACCCGUCGUCGCCGUACCUCUCCUCGCCGUCCCCCGCCCCCACUGCCGCCGCGCGCUCCCCCUCGCCCCGCCUCCCCGCGCCAGUGACAGCGACGCACGCGCCGACGGGCCUCGCGCGCUUCUCGACGCGCCUGACGACGCGCUGGGCCAUCCUCGCGCUCUGCGCCCUCGCGCUCCUCACCCUCGUCCACUUCCUGCUCUUCAUCGACGGCGCGCCGCUUGCCGCUGGCCAGGCGGUGCCGGACGCCGACGUGCGCAACUUCAAGGCUGCGCGCCUCGGCCAGCUGGGGGGCGCGGCCAAGGUCGCGCCGAACGGAUGGGUCGGGCCCAUGCGCGGCGGGCUGCCCAUCCACGCGCGGGUUGGGGCGCCCGCCGCGGCGGGUGCGCAGUGA